CCAUUAAAAAUCUUUAUUUUUAUUUUUCAUUAGCCUAUCAAAUAUUACACUUUUGAACUAAAAAUGAAUCCUUAUGGACAAAAGGUGUAUAAAAUCUGUCACAUUUUCACCAGUCUCCAAAAUCACUGUCUAGAAGUGGUAAAGUGGAUGAUUGAGAACAGCCUGUCUUAAAUCACCUCGUCUCUCAUCUGCAGCCGACAGGCGGAGCACCGAGCGAAGCUCCGGAGAGGAGACCGUUAACACACGGGGAGGAGAGGAGACCGUUGACACACGGGGAGGGGAUGAGCACGCAGUACCUACACCUCAGUGGCUCGCGCUCAUCAGCCGCGUUAUUAUCGCGGGGCAUCUGACUGACCGGCCGCAUCGUGAACCUGCAGGAGCCGCUCGCCGCGGGGGGACCAUGAUCAACAUGAAUCGCAAUCCGGACAGCAGGACUUGAGAAAUCACCGAAACUGUCCCUCAUAGUACACCCAGAAUUUCCUCCACUUCUAUCACCUGGAAUUGCUUCAGCACCAGAACUAAUCAUGUUGUGGAAAACGGGACUGAUUUUUCUGUGCUGGGGCUUGACGUCCGGGGAACUCCAGGACAGGCAGUCCGGUUCUCCUGCUGCUCCAGCGCGGACAACUUUGGAUUUCGGCUUCGUCCCCUCCGGAGUUUACGAUACUGUCGCCUAUUACGAGCCUGGGGCCAUUGGGAUUUUAUUUAACAUGAUGCACGCUUUCCUCUAUGUGGUUCAGCCCAACCCGUUUCCUGAAGAUCUCGUCAUUAGAGUGGCAAAGGAUAAAUUUGGAGCCAUACAAUCCGAGUACCAGAAGCCAGAAAACAUUGUUCUGACGCUGCAGGUGAUUUAUUAUGAGCUUGGUUUUGUGGUGUGUGCGGCACUGGGCCUGCUGUUCACCGUGCUGCUACCGCUGGUGGGGCUUCUCUUUUGUUUGUGCCGCUGCUGUGAUAACUGCGGAGGAGAGAUGCACCAGAGACAGCGAAAGAAUGCAGACUGCCUUAGAGGACUGCUAACCACACUGUUACUCACCACCACCUUCAUUAUCACGGCAGGGGUCCUUUGUGCAUAUGCAGCCAAUCAGAACCUGAGUUCUCAGCUGAAGAGCAUGAGGAGGCUGGUGAAGAGUAACCUGAAAGACCUGCACACCUUCGCCAAUCAGACCCCAGCACAAAUUGAUUACCUGAUCUCCAAGUAUGACACCGUGAAGCACUAUGUGCUGCAUGACCUGGAGAAUGUAGGUGUGAUCUUGGGUGGAAGGAUACACGAGGAGUUGGGAAAAGACGUGCAGCCCGCCCUCGACGCGGCUCUCAGCAUGACUGGAACAAUGCGAGACACUAAGGAUGCUCUAGAGAAUGUGAGUUUGACCUUGGAGACUUUGCAGGAAGGAACAGUUAAACUGCAGGCGAACCUCAGCCUGGUGCGCGGCAGCCUUAGCAACGCCCUCAACGAUCCUGUCUGCACAGACUUACGAUCAUCUGAGAUUUGUCGCAACAUACGUAGCACCCUUCCCAAGCUAGAAAUUGCAGCCAACUACUCAUCGUUGGCUGAUGUGACCAACCAGUUAGACAAAGUGAAUGAAGUUCUAAAGACGGAUCUCGGUCAGAUUGUGGAAAAGGGCUUUGCAUCAUUCAAUGACACUCCCAACUUGGUAACCAAUCAAACCCGAAAUAUUGUGGAAGGGGUGAAGGUUCUUCUGGACGAUGUUGGAUCAAACAUCACCACUUUCACCAAGCUCUUCCCGGUUCACAGCACUCUGACCAACUUCACCAAAAUGAUCUCUCACACACACUCACAGAUCGAGGACAUCUACCCUCAGGUCGAUCAGAUGGAUUUCUACAGGUGGAUCUGUUGUAUUACCCUGUGCUGUAUGGUUGUGCUUAUCCUCACCUUCAAUUUUCUGGGUUUGUUGUGUGGUAUUCUGGGAUUUGACAGGCACGCCACUCCAACCACGCGUGGCUGUGUCUCUAACACAGGAGGCAACCUGCUCAUGGCUGGUGUGGGCUUCAGCUUCCUGUUCUCCUGGGUGCUCAUGGGAGUGAUAACAGCUCUGUUCUUGGCGGGUGGGAAUUUAGAAAAGCUUGUGUGUGAACCCUUUCAAACUCGACAGCUGUUUAAGGUGUUAGAUACGCCCAACUUAGUCAACUCUGCUUGGAGAAACUUCAUACCAGGAUACCUGUACAAUGAUCCUGAGAUGGACCUUACAGCAUAUUCUCUCUACAGUAAUUGUAAGGACAACAGAGGGAUUUACUCAGCUCUUCAUCUGGAUAAGAUCUUCAGCAUCUCAGCCUUCUUUAACACCAGUGUUUACUCCAAGGAUGUGUCGAGAAAGUUUGAAGGGAUGAAGGUGGACCUGCGUGGCAUCAUUCUUCUGGAGUCAGAAGGCAAACAGAAUCUCAUCAGCUUCACUGAAACUGGCAUUAAUGAGAUUGACUUUGCUGCCUAUUUGGAGGAGGUUAAUAAAGGAGUGACUCGCAUUGAUCUAGCUGAUUUCGCUAGUCAACUUGAUGCCCAAGCUGAUCAGUUGUCUAAAGGGACCUUGCAGACCUCAUUGAAGGGACACGCUAAUACUAUAAGGCAGAUCCACAUCCAACAAGUCAUCCCACUGGAGCAGUCCAUGAGCACACUUAAUCAAAGCAUUAGACUUCUGGAGAGGACGUCCUCAGACCUGCCUGUCAGAGUUAGAGACGUACUAGCAGCCGUUGAUGCCGCCCAGUACCUAAUUUCCCAAAAUGCAACAUUUGUGAUCAAUCAGGAAACCGAGAAAUACAAGCAGACUAUUAUUGGCUAUUUCAAGCAGUAUAUAGACUGGAUCAGAACAUCUCUGGCCCUGGAGGUCGCUACCUGUAAACCACUCAGCAACAUUGUGGACACGGCCGAGAUCCUGGGCUGCAGUUUCCUGCUGGAUUCAAUGAACACAUUCUGGUUUGGAUUGGGCUGCUCCACGCUGUUUCUGCUCCCUAGCAUUAUCCUGUCUGUCAAACUUGCCAAGUUCUACCGCAGAAUGGAUACAGAGGAUGUCUAUGAUGACAUUGAGACAAUUCCCAUGAAAACCAUCCCUACCUAUGACACUAUGACUCGAUUCCCACGGGCCUCUGCGCCCCCGCGCCACGCAGACUGGUGACUCUGAGGAGGACGGUCUGUCUUGUAACUACAGAAAGGUACUGAGAGCUGCAGAUGAGAGCAAAUGGACUGGAUCUUUCUCUCUAACAAGCAUCGUCCUCCUGUCCAAAUGAAUUACAUAUGAUAUUGGAAACUGGAACUAAACCUUUGUGGAAUACUCUCUCUGUGAACAGCAGGCUCAGCUCUUAAGAAAAGGAAACUCACAUACUUGAAGUUGAGACUUGUUGUCCAUGUUCCCAUCACAUCAUGACUUUUAUCUAAUUGUUAUUGUUUUGACUAUUUUGCACCCUUAUGAUUACAGUACCGUCUUAUGGACUGUCCCCUCAACAAGCUAUUCUCUGAAGUCACAUCCUGUCAUAGUCAGGGAGGCUUCACAGUAUAUGGCUGUUUUAACUACUACAUGUGUCUUUGUUUACAGUCAUUGAGAAACCACAUGUGACGAGCAUAACAGUGCUUCGACUGCUGCAUUCUUAUUUUCCUUGUUUCUUUUUUUCUUUUUAUAGUGCUUUUUAACAAUGUGGAGAAUUCAACAUGUUGCCGAGUCUUGUCCACUGAGAGGCCGAAUGGGUUUUUAUUGAAACAGAUCAAGCCAGCCACCCAUGAGCCACAAAUAUAUUACACGUAAACAAGGAUGUGUAGGUGUUCGAAAACAUGCUAAGUGCUAACUAGUGCUAAUUCGGUACAGAUAGAUGUUGUCAAGCCAUUUCAAGGGUGAAUGCAUUGUUGCCUUUUUCAGAUUUUUAGCUAGUGAUACAUGUUAGCCACAAGUCACAAGAGCAGGUCUUUGAUUAGUUUUACCUAGUUAUUGAACCUGAGAUCGCUAAACCACAUUUGAUACUGAGCUGUGGUUAGCAGUUUGAGACAUCUAUAUGUGUUUAUGCUCACUUUUGUACUGAAAAUCUAAGAUAUGAUGCAUCUGGAUUUAGUGUAACACCCCUAAAAGAUCUAGCUAGUUUUAUGUACUUUAAUUUUGCUGAAUAUAUCAGUUAUUAAUGAUAUUUCGGUUCCUAAUUUUGCUGACUAACGACAGUUGUUCUCCAACACAUUGUUGGAUUACUGUAAACUACUGAUUAUUGCUGUGUGACACCAAAUCUUGUUUCAUUGUAGGUCUCAGGUUUUAGGGCUUUUUGUUUACUUGAUAUAACAAUAUUUGUGGACGUACAUCUGUCGAUAUGUGAACUUAUUGUCAACUUCAAAGCGAGUGAAUGUACCUCAGAGAGAUAUUUGCUUGUACGAAAGCAAGAGAAGAGCACAGAGCCCAUUUACUACGACUUUUACGGAGCCUAUUUAACGCUGUCAUAGUCAUUGACAAUUACGCCACCAAAUAUUUCAACUGUUUAAUGUUAGAGACAUUAUGUCAGGUGCUACAUAUUUUUGCUCAGAUCCUUCACUCAUUGUGUAUAUGACAGUGUUAUCAGGGCCUCAGGUAAAAUGUUGUACUUGAUUUAUAUCCAGAAAGGUCCCGUCACCUCACAGUUUCACUGUUUUUGCCAUACCACACGUAGCAUGCGCAUACUUGGUGUUCAAGCUUGCUCGAAGAUGUUUAGUUGUGGUGGGCCUGGUUGUCAGUGCCGUUGGUUUUCAAGUCCAUGUGGUUAGGCUGGCUAAAACUGUAAAAUAUUGUGAAUAAAAUUUCAGAUGAAAAAAUGUUCUGGUGUUGUAAAUUCCCAAUUCAACCACUGUACAUAACAUUUAAAAUAUCUAUUACAAGAAUAAAGGGAGGGAUUAUAAAAAAAAAAUAAAAACAAGGAAAUCCUUUUGUUUGUAAACAGAGUAUCUUACAAAACCUGCAAUGUCACGAAAACACAAAACCAGUGUUAGUGUGUAAAAACUUUUUUUUAGACUUUUUCACAAGAAGUGAUUUUCAUAGAUGUCUUUACUAUUAAGAGGGCUUAUAAUAUGUAUAUGUAUGUGUAUAUA